AUGCAAUCUCCUAGUUGUCAUGAGCGAGUAGGUGUGCUCAGAUUCCAAUAUGGAUGUGUGAUUUCCGAGUUCGAUAUACAAUUCCCAGAUCGUGUAGGAUUCAACGAAUCGCGAAUCGGAGUCCCGGAUACUCCGAAAAUGCCAACCCUAGGGCCAAGGUUACAGAAACCGUUCGAUCGUGCAAUUGUAAGCAAUCUGACCGUCCAAUUGAGACCAAACUCUCAGGACAUGUGUCCUAGGUAUGUUAAAACCUCUAGGAACACUCGGAUUAGAAUUUUGGAGGUUGUGGACCCCACAGGGUCUUGUGUUGACUUUUUGGGACAUUAUCGCCUUUUGAGUCUCGAGACACUUCUAGACCAAUUCAAAUGCAAGGAAAGCUACUAUGAGCAUAGAAAUGACUUAACGUUGUUUGGUUACCUUGAUAAUGCCCCACGAGUUUCGGGGACGCCUGAACCAUGUGGUGUGAGGAUUGCGGCUCAGAUUGAAGUGUUAUCUCUGAGACCUGCAAGGAAUGCGGCUCGGAUGGACUUGGUGUCUCCGGGACCUGCGAGGAUUGCGGCUCAGAUUGAAGUUUAUCUCUGA